AUGAACCGGUUCGUACUUAUUUGUCUUUUUUUCGCUUAUUACACUAUAUGGUCGCUUUUGCCUAUUUUUGAGAUUGAAAACUCCAACCCAGUUAUAAGUUUGCUGUUUCCCAUUUCUAGCGACGUUGCCAUCUUUUUGCCAAUAUUUUUACUCUUGAUUGGCUUUACUUUAACCGGUUCAGUGUUAGGUGUAUUGCUUUUACGCAGCGAUAAAAAGAAAAACACUUAG